AUGGGAGCAGAGAGCAGGCAGGGAAGCGGAAACAAGCCAAACAGGAACAAAAGAAGCAGCGGGGACAGGCAGAGAAGAGCACGCGGGGCGGGCGGGCCAGGAGGGCCAGGAGAGGAAGCCGGAGGCAAAGAAGCAAGAGCAAAAGGGGCGAAGCGAAGGGAGAAGAGGAAAAAACAAGAAGAAGAAAGGACGAGGAAACGGGACAGGCAAAAACACGGCGGGAGGGGCGGGAACAGAAGAGAGAAGACGACAAGGACGCGGAGGAGGAGGGGAAGGCAGAAAACGAAAUGCAGAAGGGAGAGGCCGAAACGGCAGGGGGCAAGGCGGCCACAGGACGAAGAGGAGAGGGAAAGUACAACCGAGAAGGAGGGGCAAGAGGAGCAGAACAGGGCGGGCAGGGAGCGUGGCAACAAGCCAAGAAAAGGGGAGGCGGGAGCGGGCACGGAGGGCAGGGGGAGGGCAAGCCGGGGGAAGGGACCGAACAAGGGGUGGGGGGCGGCGCGAAAGCGGGGCAAACCGAAAAGAGGGCCGGAGGGGGAGCGGACCGGGGGAGGGGAGGGAACAGGGGCAAGGCGGAGCCAAAAGAAGGGGGGCGGGGUGGGGCGGGGUCGGGGGGACAAACUAGAGGGGGAGGGGAGAGAAAGAACGAAAGACCCGGAAUACGAGGGGAGAAAAGGGGAGGGACGAAGAAGAAAAAGGAGAAGGCAGGGCAGGGGAGCGACAGAAAGUGAAACCGGAGCGCGCGCGGGGCCGCCGCGCCGGGGGGGGGGGAGAGAGAGGAAGGGGGCACGGGAGGAGCGAGACGGAAAGGCGGCGACGGUGGCGGAGCAGAGGAACCGCAAAAGGGGAAGAAAAAGAGGGAAGGGGAGGGGAGGGAGGGCCGACCCCAGAAACCGGGGGGCCAACAAAGGAAAAAAACCACAACGGCAAAAGGCGGGGCCCGCCAGGGGCAAAGGGGCACGAGCACCGGCCAACCGGGGCAGCGCCAACGCAGGAAAGAGGGGGCGAAGUGAAAGGAACUCGCGUCGGGGGGGGGAAACAGCGAGAGCCGCAACCACAACGGGGGCGGGCAGGCCGCCCCAGCAGCGGCAAGCACCGGCAAGCCAGGGCCCAGACUCCAACCGGCCAAGGCGGAGAGGAAAAGGGGCCCCGCGAAAAAGGAAAGCAGGGGGCGGGCCGCUGACACAGCGUCUGCGGAGCGGAGCCACGAGCAGCGGAGGACUGGGGGCGGGACGGUGA